AUGGCGGCCACCAUGACCGUGGAGGAGGUGAGGAAGGCGCAGCGGGCGGAGGGGCCGGCCACCGUGCUCGCCAUCGGCACGGCGACGCCGGCGAACUGCGUGUACCAGGCCGACUACCCCGACUACUACUUCAAGAUCACCAAGAGCGACCACAUGGCCGACCUCAAGGAGAAGUUCAAGAGGAUGUGUGACAAGUCGCAGAUCAGGAAGAGAUACAUGCACCUAACGGAGGAGAUCCUUCAGGAGAACCCCAACAUGUGCGCCUACAUGGCGCCCUCCCUGGACGCGCGCCAGGACAUCGUCGUCGUGGAGGUCCCCAAGCUCGGCAAGGCGGCCGCGCAGAAGGCCAUCAAGGAGUGGGGCCAGCCGCGGUCCAAGAUCACCCACCUCGUCUUCUGCACCACCUCCGGCGUCGACAUGCCCGGCGCCGACUACCAGCUCACCAAGAUGCUCGGCUUGCGCCCCUCCGUCAAGCGCCUCAUGAUGUACCAGCAGGGCUGCUUCGCCGGCGGCACCGUGCUCCGCCUCGCCAAGGACCUCGCCGAGAACAACCGCGGCGCGCGCGUGCUCGUCGUCUGCUCCGAGAUCACCGCGGUCACCUUCCGCGGCCCGCACGAGUCCCACCUCGACUCGCUGGUCGGCCAGGCGCUCUUUGGCGAUGGCGCGGCCGCGGUGAUCGUCGGCGCCGACCCCGACGUGUCCGUGGAGCGUCCCCUGUUCCAGCUCGUGUCCGCGAGCCAGACGAUCCUGCCGGACUCCGAGGGCGCCAUCGACGGCCACCUCCGGGAGGUCGGGCUCACCUUCCACCUGCUCAAGGACGUGCCCGGGCUCAUCUCCAAGAACAUCGAGCGUGCGCUAGAGGAGGCCUUCAAGCCACUGGGCAUCGACGACUGGAACUCCGUCUUCUGGAUAGCGCACCCAGGCGGCCCGGCGAUCCUUGACAUGGUCGAGGCCAAGGUAAACCUCAACAAGGAGCGGAUGCGCGCCACCAGGCAUGUCCUCUCCGAGUACGGCAACAUGUCCAGCGCCUGUGUCCUCUUCAUCAUGGAUGAGAUGCGCAAGCGCUCUGCCGAGGAUGGCCACGCCACGACCGGCGAGGGAAUGGACUGGGGCGUCCUCUUCGGCUUCGGCCCCGGCCUCACGGUGGAGACCGUCGUCCUCCACAGCGUCCCCAUCACCGCCGGGGCAACCAUGCAUUCGAUCUCCUGUUAG